AUGGCGAGGCGAAAACCGGGGAGGGGAGGGGGCGUCGGGUCCCAGCGAAAUGCGCCCGCCCGGUCGCUGUCACUGCUCGUUCAGCGGGGAGAGUCUCGGCUCCACCAUUCAACCCACGGGCAGCAGCAGCAGCAGCAGGAGGAGGAAACAACAACUCGCAGCCGCCCGCCGCCAACGCCGCCGCCGUCGCCAGCCAAGCAGCGCAAGCGAGCGCGAUCCCUCCGCCAGGAGAAAGAGUCCCCUCCUCCUCCGCGCCCCCUCCUCAGCCCCCACGGCCCCGCGCGCCGCCCCUUCCCCCCGCGCCCCCCCGAGCCCCCGGCGCUGCCUGGUGGGGGCGGCCAGGCAGGGCAGGAAUGGGGGAGCCGGGCUCUCCUGACCCCGGCUACCGCUCCGCUGCCGCGGCGGCCCCCAGCGCUGUCCGGCGCUGGAGGGGAGAGAGGGGCGAGCGCUACGCGUUUAUUAGCGGGAAGGCGGGCGGGCUGUGGCAGAAGAUGUCGGCGGGGUGGGCGGGAAGGCGGCGGGCGGGCGGCUGAAAGGCGCUUUCUCUGCGCGGUGCCGGCUCGCGGAGGGAUACGACGCACGGGGAGGAGGAGGGGCUGCGGCGGCGGGGCCGCGGCGGCUCGCGGCGGUGGCUGCGGCGGCGCUGGAAGUUCCCGAGUUCCAGCGCCGCAAGAAUGGGAAGCGAGCGAAGCCAAAAUGCCCCCGGGGAGCGCGGCCCUGCUGGGGAGGCCAGGCACUUCCACACCCCCGGCUCGCGGCUCCCCCAUAGCCCAGCCCGCUCCCUCAGAGCCAGCCGGGGACCUCGGGGCGCUGCCAGGGGCUUUGGCAUCUGCGCAUCAGACAUGCGGGACUGACGAAUCUUCUGCCUUCCAGGAGCGAUGGGCCAGAGGAGGAGUGUUGUCAACGCGAGGACCAGCGAGGGAUGGUGAUGCCGGCAACCUAUGGCUGAACUGGAGCUGAGGGUUACCUGCCUUGAGCAUUUUUAUACGUGUUUCCAAGGCCUGCAAGCUCAGUGUACAAGCUGGAGCUUUGUGCUUGACAUGGUGAGAAAGCUUCGCUGCAAUCACCCUUCUGCUUUAUUGAAGAAAUGUUACCCUGAAAGGUUAAAGAAAGGAGGCUAAAAUAUCACUUAUUUCCAUUGUCUUAUUACAAAAACUAUAUUUAUAUGUGGAUGUCUAGAUGCUGUGCAUUUUUAGUAUACAAUUAUCACAUGUCCUAAAAAAAAAUCAUUAAAAUCCUAAUCUAGAAUUUGUUAUCAUUAAGGUAAAUUAAUUUUGUAGCAUAAAUUCUUUUUUUAAUGAAAAGAAAAGCAAGACUAUGUACUAGAUUUGAUCACUGUAUCUGUAGCUAUGAUCACUAUAUAUUUUAUAAUGUACAUGUAUCUCCCUUUCCUCAGACUUGUUACAAUAACCCCUCCAUUUCAGCUUCAUUUUAAAUCUACACUUCAAAUAAUUGAAAAAGAAAUGAAAUCAUAUUUAAUGUCUAAUAAAGAUUUUAAAAAUAAA